CAAAAAAAAAGACCAAGAAUAAUGUCAGUCGAAUCCUACUACACCUCCCUCGAAACCCGCCUCGGCAACGCCCUAUUCUUCGGCGGCCGCUCACAUCUCCCAUACUACCCAUCCCUCCCUCCAAAUGCAGGAUUAUGGGAAUAUACCAAAUCGCUGAAUCCAUUUCCGAUAUACCCGGCCCUACUUGCAAUGGAGGACCAGGCUUUUGAAUCGUUGAAGAUACAUCGAAAUGGGAAGGGAGAGCGGGAAGGAGAGGUGCUAGAUGCAGGCUGCGGAACGGGGGAUAUGGCGAUAUACUUCGCAAAACGCGGAUUAAAAGUCCAUGCUAUCGACCUAUUACCCGAUAAGGUGUCUAUCUCAAGGAAAAACGCCGAGCACGAACUCGGAAGCCUCUACAAAGCCAACACCAACAACCCUGCAUCCACUCAAACCAAUGCGGUGAGAUGUCUCGAGAAUCUCUCAAUCCAAGAAGGCGACUACCACGACCUCAGUCCUAUAUUCCCGGAUAGCAAAUUCGACGCGGUAUAUACAAUCGAAACCCUCGCGCAUGCGACUGAUCUACGCACUGUUCUUGGGGAGUUUUAUCGCGUGCUGAAGCCUGGUGGGCGGAUUGCGUUGUAUGAAUAUGAUCAUUGGAUGUCCUCUACUUCAGAAGAGGGGGAAAUGAGCAAAGUGCACCAGUAUGGUGGGAUUGAUCCUACUGCUACUGGCACUACCACGACAACUACAGGGAGUGAAAAAGAUGGACGAGGACUAGCAGCGAUAGUCCGGGAUGCUGGUUUCGCAGAUGUCCGCGAGGAAGAUCUCACAGCGAACGUGCGUCCGCUUCUCCGGUUUCUUGUUAUUUGUCUGUUUGUGCCGUAUGUGAUUGUACGGGUGUUAGGGCUUGAGGCGAGGUUUAUUAAUACCGUUGCUGUGGUGGUGAAUUAUAGACGGGGGUGGAAGUAUGUUGGUGUUACAGGGCGGAAGGCUUAGUCUUAGCCAUAAGUGUUUGGUUUGAUAUGUGAAGGUGAUUUGUUUGAUAAUGCAAUCCAUUCCUAACUAUUUACUCGUAUGUUACAUAAAUCCAACCAUACGCCACGCUAAAUCACAACUUUUCCG